AUCACUCCGAGUCAAUUUUCUGUCUUUUUCUCGUACUGAACCCCACGGAAAUUAAAGACCCCGGAAAUAAUCACGUGCUUCAAUUAAGGUCCCAAUUUCACUCCAGUAGUUGAGGGUUCAGGGAACAAUCCUGAGACUGUAGGAGGUCGGUGUGUCCGCACCUGUUAGCCUGGGUGUGUGUGUGUGUGUGUGUGUGUGUGUGUGUGUGAGGGUGUGUGUUAGUGUGUGACGGAGAGGCUGAGGAGGAGGCUGUCUCGGGUACCAACUCGCACCUCACGAUGGCCGGAAUGAGUUUCCUCUCCUUUCUCCUCUUUUGCUUGACUGCCGUUGCCCAUGGCAACAAAGCCAAUAAACACAAACCAUGGAUCGAGACCGAGUAUCAGGGCAUUGUAAUGGAGAACGACAACACUGUUCUACUGAACCCCCCUCUGUUUGCCCUGGAUAAAGAUGCACCUCUUCACUAUGCAGGUGAGAUCUGCGGGUUCCGAGUGCACAACGGAGCAGGAGGUUCAGGUUCGGCUCAGUUCGAGGCCGUGGUGUUGGACCGCUCCACUGGCGAGGGUCUCGUUCGCUCCAAAGAGCCACUGGACUGCGAGAGCCAGAGGGAGCACAGCUUUACUAUCCAGGCCUACGAUUGCGGAGAGGGUCCCGAUGGUACCAACAGCAAGAAAUCGCACAAGGCCACGGUGCACGUGCGCGUGAACGACGUGAACGAGUUUUCCCCCGUGUUCGUCGAGCGCCGUUACGAGGCGUCCGUCCCCGAAGGUCGUCUUUUCGAUCGCAUCGUGCGCGUGGAGGCUCUGGAUGCCGACUGCUCACCUCAGUACAGCCAGAUCUGCUUCUACGACAUCAUUACUCCCAACGUUCCAUUCGCAAUCGACAAUGACGGAAACAUUAAGAACACUGAACCUUUAGACUCAAAGAAGCAGCGUGUUCACAGCUUCUGGGUGACUGCAUUUGACUGCGGGAAGAAUCGAGCUCAGGCUGAUGCCCAGGUCGUGGUGACAGUGAAACCUUCCUGCAAGCCUGGCUGGAUUGGCUGGUCGAAGCGAGUUGAAUACACACCAGGAUCCGGCAGCAUCCCCCUUUUUCCCAGCCUGCGCCUGGAGACCUGUGAGGAGACUGUGUGGAACAUUCAAGCCACCGUGGAGCUCCAGACUGGCCACAUCGGGAAAGGCUGUGACCGCGAUAGUUACUCUGACCGCUCUGUAAGGAGGCUCUGUGGUGCUGUGAGGGGUGAGGUUGACCUGCUCCCACCUCCAUCUCCCGCUGCAAACUGGACCGCAGCACUUCCCACCCUUCCCUCUUCUGACUCGUCUCUGGUAUUUUCUUUCAACGGCUCCACCCAUGUUGCCGUCGUCCCCGAUUCCGUUGUCUCAACAGUGCCAGGAGACCACUUCACCCUCCAGCUGUGGAUGCGAAGGGGCGGGGCCAACACUCAGCCACCAGCCAAUCAGGCAAGAGGAGCACGCAAAGAAGAAGAAACCAUUGUGUGCAGCACUGUGAAAAACGAUGACUCCUAUUCACACUACUCUCUGUCUGUGCACGGCUGCCGUCUGUCUCUCUUUUACUGGCCGGAUGUCUCCGCUGCACGCCCAGUAAAAUUUCUCUGGAAGCUUGAACAGGUAUGUGACAGCGAGUGGCAUCACUUGUCUUUAAGUGUGCAAUUCCCCUCCGUCACACUCUAUGUAGACGGCGUGACGUUCGACCCUGCACUCAUUCACGACAACGGAGCCAUCCCUAACCCGGUACCACAUCAGAGGCUGGUAAUCGGAGCCUGUUGGGAGCCAGAGAACAAGCAGAAAGAGAUCCUUAACAACAGCAUCCCAGAGGGCAAGGACACAAGAAAGUUUGUAGGUGGCUAUCGUGGCUUGUUGUCAGGUGUGACAGUGCGUCCAGGCAGUGUGGAACCUCACAGUGUGGUGGAGUGUCUGUACGCCUGCAGGGAGGGGCUGGAUUUUGGAGAUCUCGAGAGCCUUGGCUCUGGCAUGAAGGUUCAUGUGAACCCCAGUCAGUCAGCACUGGUGUUGGAGGGGGACGACAUCGAGAGCUUCAACCGAGCAGUUCAGCAGGUGACUUACAGGAACUCCCUGCGAUUUGCCACGCCUGGAGUGCGCCCGCUCAAACUUAGCACAUCCCUCAGGUGCUUUAGUGAGGAAAGCUGUCUCUCCCUGCGGCAGUUGGAAGGAUAUCUGGUGGUGCUUCAGCCUGACGCUCCUCAGAUCUCUCUCUCUGGUGUCGGACCGCAUCUGGCUCGCCCCGCCCCAGAGUUUGAAGCUGCACAUGGUGUGCCUCUGUUUCCUGAACUCCGCAUCGUCUGUUCCCUCUCUCACUCCGUGAACACUGCCGCACAGGACAUGGAUGGAGGGGCUCUCAUGUCAGACGCAGUGGCGCAUACUUUGGAUGGAUGUGAGGUCCAGCCGUUGGGGGAGGAGCUAAACCCAGAGAAAGAGGAGCUUCUGGUUGACAUGGAGGCACUGAAAGAGAAAGGACUGGACAUCAUCAACACAACGGCAUAUAUCGCCAUCACUGGGGCGGAGUCAAUUUCAGUGUACGAGGACAUCCUGCGUUCUGUUCGUUAUCGAUUAGCAAAAGGCUCCGCCCGCUUCGAGAGGAGAUUCAGGCUGUCAUGUUCAGAAAUGAACGGACGGUACACGAGUAACGAGCUUACACUGGAGGUCAAUUUCCUGCACUCUCUGGACAGUCUGUAUCACCCAUCACACCUCUUGGCCUCCCAGCAGCAGUUUCUCCAUCCGUCUCAUCACACAGGAGAGCUCAGCGGACACACACUGCCAAACCCACACCGCAACUCUGUGAUUCCUGGGGCUGCCACAGUCAUCAUCAUGGUGUGCGUGGGCUUCCUGGUUGUCAUGGUAAUCCUUGGCGUAUUCCGUAUCCGCUCCAUCCAUCGCCGUGGAGAGGGAGCCAGAGGAGCUGGUAAAGAGAGCAGCAACCAAUGGGAUGACUCGGCCCUUACCAUUAUCGUCAACCCCAUGGAGACCUAUGAGAACCGCAUGGGCAUUGCUGCAGAUACAGAGGGCGAAGGCGAUGACGAAGAGGAAGUGGCCGAGUCGCCCGACGACUCAGCCGACGACCAGCGAAUCAUCAUUAAGAAAGAGGGAAGAGAUUCUGUCCCCCGUCGCUACUGAGUCAAGCAGAGAAACAGCCGCACUCACAAAAUCUUAAAACCACAAUGAAGCCCCCACACACGUGCAACAUAAGAACCACACACUUAUUCACACAGCAUAAAUGUAUCUGUAUCAGCCUUUGUGAAUGCAUUGUCUCUGGAAUGUAUGCUCACACGUACACACACAUAUACAGUACAUGCUUAACCACACCCACACAUUCGAGCAAUGCAUUUGCAUAGCAUCUCACUCCAGUGUCCAGUGCUUAGUCCACAUUUCACUUCAGACUCUUUGUAUGUAUGGCACAAUGAUGUAAUAACCUUUCAGUGAAUGUGAUCACUGCACUGUAUAAAGCACCGGGUAUUAUUACAGACGAAUGUAAGCUCUGCGAUUUUCAUAACUGUCGAAAUCAUUCACUUACAGUCGAGCAAGUGAAGUUAAGGACACGUUAAUGAUAUUUUUACAGCAUCGCAGCCACCGUGAGGCUCUCGUUCACAUAAUGUACAGUCGAAUUCACGGAGUAAAUCUUUUCUUUCGAUUCUCAAAACAUUCCUGUACAAAUACAGUACACUGUUUUAGAGAAUGAGUGUGUGGAUGUUCAUAUAAGCCUUAUGAAGGUUAAGCAGUCCUUUUUUCUCAGCAAUCGCAAAGAACGAGUUCUCUCAAAACAACACUCAUGUUGUACGUCUGUGUUACAGCACUACACCAUGCUCAUCCUGGGCAGUUUCGAUUGUAUUUAAAUGUAUAGAAAUACAAAUGACUACUAUUAUUAUUAUUAUCUUUUUUUAUGUUAAUUCCAUUGUUCUGAUUCAUAUUAUGUCUUAGGGCUAGCUGUAGUUUUCUAUUUCUAUUUAUGUCUAUAAUGACUACAAAUAUGACAGUAUAUAGUGAUGAUAAUAAUAAUAGUAUUAGUAAUAAUAACGAUCAUGGUUGACUUGCUGAGUGUUUAUUUAUUUGUGCGUCGCGUUGUGUAAAUUAAAAUCGGUUAACGUUUGAAUCUCAGCAAAGCAAGAAGGCACAUAAUGGGUCAAUUCAUGUUCCUCUCAUCUGGUCCUUUCCACUGUCACCUUAAAGAGCUGUAUUACAGUCUUUAAUUCUGUUGCUGCUUUUUGUUUUGCAACUCUUCUAUCCCAACCCCCCACCCCCCCACUUUGUGCUCACAUUAUCUCCUGUGUGUUUACUCUUCUGUCUGUGUCAGUGUACAGUGCAAAUUCUGUCUCUUAAUAAAAGCCUGUUGUUUUUCAAUGUGA